CUGCCCGCUUGCAUAACUGACACUUGACACUGACACUCUUGCACGUUCAACCUGUCUUCCUUGGUUUUUUGAACCAUCUAUUCAACGAAACAUUCCCAUUCUCGUCACUGUGUAAAUCAGUGCGCCGCGACUCUAGCUUAUUGAGACGGCCCGUACAGAUUAUCAUGGAAUAGCAGCUCCGUGUCUACGCCACCAUGUCUACUGCAGUUCGAAUCUGCGUUUGCGGCGAUGAGGGGACGGGCAAGUCCAGCUUGAUUGCCUCUCUAGUCAAGGGCGUCUUCGUCGCCAACAAGAUACAGGCCGUCCUGCCUCAAGUUACCAUUCCCCCGACGACCGGAACACCCGAAAAUGUUACCACCACCAUCGUUGAUACAUCCGCCCGCCCACAAGACCGAACCACCUUGCGCAAGGAGAUUCGAAAGUCCAACGUUAUCCUCCUGGUCUACUCCGAUCAUUACAGCUACGAACGCGUCGCUCUAUUCUGGAUGCCCUACUUCCGGUCAUUGGGGGUCAAUGUUCCGGUUGUACUAUGCGCCAACAAGUCGGACCUUGUUAGUGAUGGAAAUGCUGCGCAGGUGGCCGAGGAAGAGAUGCUUCCUGUAAUGGCUGAAUUCAGGGAGAUCGAUUCGUGCAUUAGGACGAGCGCAAAGGAGCAGAAGAACGUAAUUGAGGUCUUCUAUCUAUGUCAGAAGGCCGUUACCCAUCCAAUUGCCCCCUUGUUCGACUACAAGGAAGGCCAGCUAAAGCCCGCCUGCGUCGAUGCGUUGAGGAGGAUAUUCUUCCUGUCCGACAAGGACCAGGAUGGGUACCUGAACGAUCAAGAAAUGCAGGAUUUCCAACAAAAGUCUUUUGACAAGCCGCUUUCACAAGAAGACCUCGACAACAUCAAGCUGACAGUCAGCAAGUCAGUGCCAAGCUCUAGCACUGACAAGGGUUUGGAUCUCCGAGGGUUUCUGCAACUGAACAAGCUAUAUGCAGAAAAGGGGCGGCACGAGACGAUCUGGAUCAUUCUUCGGAAAUAUCACUACACAGACAGUUUGAGUUUGGAGGACAGUUUCCUACACCCACGAUUCGACGUUCCCGAUUAUGCGUCCGCAGAACUCAGUCCAGCGGGAUACCGGUUCUUCAUGGAUCUUUUCUUGACUUUUGACAAGGACAACGAUGGAGGCCUCAACGACCGGGAACUUGCUGCCUUGUUCGCGCCCACUCCAGGACUCCCACACUCUUGGGCUGAGACUUCGUUCCCCUCCACCACCGUCCGGAACGAGGCUGGGCACAUCACUCUCCAAGGGUGGCUCGCCCAGUGGAGCAUGACUACCUUCCUAGAACCUAAGACAACCCUCGAGUAUCUAGCAUACCUAGGAUUCGAGACACCAAACGCCCGCGAGACGACAACAGCCGCCCUCAAAAUCACAAAACCUCGGAAGCGAAGACGUCGGCCCGGGCGCGUCGACCGCAACGUAGUCCUCUGCUACAUUCUCGGCUCCUCCGGCGCCGGCAAAUCCUCCCUCUUAGACGUGUUCCUCAACCGGCCCUUCGACACGCUCUACCACCCCACCAUCAAGCCCAGACAGGCCGUCAACAGCGUCGAGCUCCAGGGCGGCAAGCAGUGCUAUCUGAUCCUCGAAGAACUCGGCGAGCUGGAGCCGGCCAUCCUCGAGAACCAAGCCAAACUGGACGCCUGCGACCUCAUCUGCUACGCCUACGACUCGUCCGAGCCCGACUCUUUCUCGCACAUUGUCGAGCUCCGCAAGCGAUACCCGCAGCUCGACGAGCUACCCGCCGUCUACACGGCCCUCAAGGCUGACCGCGACAAGACCACGCAGCGCAGCGAGCUGCAGCCAGACGCGUACACAGCCGCGCUCAACAUGAGCGCGCCCUUGCACGUAAGUGUCACCUGGAAUAGCAUUAGCGAACUGUUUGUCGCGCUGGCGGAGGCGGCGACGAACCCCAGCACGGCGUUUCCCAGGAGCGAGGAACCGCCGGCGGAUAGGGCCAGUCUGUACAUGGCACUGGGAGCGACGGCGUGCGCGGCGCUAGCGGCGUUUAUGAUUUGGAGGAGGUCGACUUCGAAUGCUGCGUAGAUGGCAGUGCAUCGAGCCGAUUGAUGAUGUGUGACUUGGUUGCAUGGGAUGUGGCGCGACGUGGUUUCCUUGAAUUUGUUACAGUCAUGAACCGUGCCUGGGCAAUUCUUCUCCGGUCCCUUUUUUUUUUUUUUUUUUUUUUUUUUUUUGUCUUUGGGUUUUGUUUUGUUUCGGGUUGCUGGUGGCAUGUGGGCUGGCUGGUCGGUUGGUGGUGGUGUUCUAUGAACACAUACAUAGCGCGUUGAAUUGAUUCAUGAUACCCUCUCCCCAACCAGAUGCUUCCAUAUCUUAUAUCACUGGUUCGCCGCACUUACAAUUUUUUCAUGAAUGACCCCAGCCUCGGUGUAAUUUUCUUGUUCUUUCGAGGCAUUCCUAAUUUUGUACGGACUAUUUUGCUGUUCUUUGGUUCGACAGAGAGGUCCUCAGUCGUAGCAGGAGAAAAAAAACGAGAACAAGCGAUAUUUGACCCCCUUCGUAUACUGCCGUAGAAAGUGACAUCAGUUGCAAGUCGAUUGAACAGCUCAUGGUCAUCAUCAUCUUCAAGCGUAACCACCAACCUGUGAGCGAAUUUGCCAUAAUGAAUGGGAAUGAGAGUUGCGAAAAGCAAUUUGUAGACUGCAAUUGUAACUUUGCAAACACAGAAGCAUGAAAUUCAUAUGGUAUAAUUCUAUCCUGGACAUGUUGC